UCUCUCUUAAUUUGAAGAAGAUCCCAAAACCCUUUUCCUCUCUCACUCUCUCUUUGAAAAUGGAAGCAUCUCAGUGGCCACAGGGUAAUGGAGUUGUCAAGCAGGCACCAUUAGUUAUGGGAGAUCAAUCCAAACAGGCUGAAAGAACCAACAAUAAUAUUGAUCAAAAGAGACCAAGGCCACAAAAGGAUAAGGCAUUGAAUUGUCCAAGAUGUAAUUGUACUAAUACAAAAUUCUGUUACUACAACAAUUACUGUCUUUCUCAGCCAAGGUACUUGUGCAAGACUUGCAGAAGGUACUGGACUGAAGGUGGGACCUUAAGAAAUGUUCCUGUUGGUGGAGGUUCUAGGAAGAACAAGAGAUACUCAUCAUCAUCAUCAACAUUAAAGAAAAACCCAAUAAUUAACUGCACCUUCCCAUCAUCAGAUUAUGGCCAAGAUCUCAACUUGGCUGCCAAUGGCUAUUAUAACACUAACAUGAUCCUAAACCCGAGCAGUAGCAUGAUGAAUACAGGGUUCCCUUCACAUUCACAGGAGUUAUUAAUCAAGCCAAACCUGAAUUUUUUGUUGGAUGGAUUUGGGAAUAUGAAUGGAUUUGGAAGUCUACAAUUAGGGAUGGAUCAAUUAGUGGAGGGUGAGGAUCACUUGACAUCGUCAACGUCGACUGUUACUCCAAGAGUUCGUCAUCAUCAACUUGAUCAAAAUAGAGUAUUGCAUGGAGCUGAGCCGCCUGAUGGGUAUUGGACUGGGAUGUUGGGUGGAUCAGGAUCAUGGUAAAUAUAUAUAGUAACAAUUCUGCAUCAAGGAAAAAAUAGUUUGCUUUUUCUUUUUUGGAUCGGAAACUAACAAAUUGUGUGAGAAAUGGGGUUUCCUUUUUUUUUAAGGAUUUUAGUAAGUUAAUUUUCUCUAUUUUUUUAAUGUGGUUUGUAUUAUAUAUCAUAUAUAUAUAGUUUAUUUACAUAUUUAUGUACUUAAUUAAUUGUUUUGGAUUGCCAAAAGUAAUUGUCUGUUUUUUUUUGGUAAUUUGUGCUAGCUUGUAUUAUGGGAUAGUUAUAAAUAAUGAAACAUGAUAUACAAACCUUAAUUGAAAUGAAGUACAUUGGCCGGUU